UGAGGUCUGCAGGACCAGUGCUUUCAGAUGUGGUUAUGCUGCUGUUUGUUGGCAGGUCCUGGUCUGGCUUUCAUAGCAUACCCAACAGCAGUAACAAUGAUGCCCGUGUCUCAGCUUUGGUCCUGCCUCUUUUUCCUCAUGCUGAUCUUCUUGGGACUGGACAGCCAGUUUGUCUGUGUGGAAAGCAUGGUGACAGCUCUCAUUGACAUGUUCCCGGGAGUGUUUCGAAAGAAGGGACGUCGGGAGCUGCUGAUCCUGGCCAUUGCGGUGAUGUGCUACCUGCUGGGCUUACUGCUGGUCACUGAGGGUGGGAUGUACAUCUUCCAGCUCUUUGAUUACUAUGCUGCUAGUGGCACAUGCCUGCUAUUCCUGGCCAUUUUUGAAGUCAUCUGUGUAGGAUGGGUUUACGGUGCCAACCGCUUCUACGACAACAUUGAAGACAUGAUUGGUUAUCGGCCAUGGCCUUUGAUCAAGAUAUGCUGGCUGGUGUUCACCCCGGGUCUGUGCUUGGUAAGUGCGUGCAGUUAUGACAACAAAACAGAUUGUUCUGGGUCCCCACAUUCUUCGUAGGAAAGGCUGAUUUGUCUUCAAGAUGCUACUGUCAUUUUAUCAAGCUCCUUGUGGAGAAGUACAAGUUUAUCCAUAGCUGAGGUGUCAACUUUUUUCCACUGUAAAGCCUCAUCUUUUGCCUGGAAAAUUAAUUCAGCCUGAAAAGCCAUUGUUUACAGGAAAAUAUAUCCUAAAAGUCUGAAGAGUUUUGGUCAAAUUAUUUUUGAAUAGAAGACUGGUGAGUGUUACACUGUUGUGAAAAACUUGUUUCAGUCCAUGUUCCUGCAGCCUCCCAUUUUCUGUUCAUAAAUAUCUUUCUAUGGCCAUUUGCUUUCUGUGUUAUUAAAUCUCUUUGAAAACU